AUGGUCAAGGGAAGUGCAAGUGCUGAAAGUGAAAUGAAAGCUUUAAAUGCUGGUGAAGGUGAUGAUAAAAAUGAUAAAGUUCAAAUGAAGAAACAGCUGGGAUUGCUUGAGGAGCCUAAGAUCACCAAAAUGGCGGAACUGGCGGCGCUGCUGCGCCAAGACAUACCCGAAGGACGUAGCAACUUGGCGGACAGUCACACGAACCUGGAGCGCGUGGCCGAGUACUGCGAGGCGAAUUACUUCCAGGCAGAAAACAAGCGAAUCGCUUUGGAAGAAACAAAGAAUUUCACUACCCAAUCUUUGGCCAGCGUCGCCUACCAGAUAAACACCCUGGCGUACAACUUCCUGCAGCUGCUGGACCUCCAGACCUCGCAGCUGAACGAGAUGGAGAGCCAGAUGAACCACAUCGCCCAGACGGUGAUGAUCCACAAAGAAAAAGUCGCCCGCCGCGAGAUCGGAGUUCUGACUGCCAAUAAAAUGACCACCAGACAGUACAAAAUUAUCGCGCCGGCGAACCCUGAGAAACCUAUCAAGUACGUGCGCAAGAGCAUCGACUACACGACGCUGGAUGAUAUCGGCCACGGGGUGAGGAGUGGAGGCACUCCUAGAAGCAAACAGCGCGGUAGCAGCCAAGGAAGCGUCCAAAGUUUGGGUGGAACUUCCACCAACUCUGGAAUCACUGCUGCGAUGGUUGGACCCGCUCCGACGACGAAACCUCCAACGCCGCCACAGGUAGCCAGGACUGGGACGCUCAGCAAAGGCUCCAGGGAGUACAGGACGCCUCCGGCAGUGGCGCCACCGCAAGUUCCGAGUCACUAUGCGCCGAACUAUCCGCUUGGGCAUCCCAGGCGCGAAAGAGGACCUGGGUACAGCACUCUGCCUCUUCAUGCUCACACCACCACCAUGGCUCACAAUAAUCAGGUGCUUAAUAAUAGCGUCAACAGCGUCCAUUCCGCGUCUCCGCAAGUUGGUACGGUUCAUCCGCUGCAGAGUCAUCCGCAGAUGCCGCCUCCAGCGCCGCCUAGUGUCACUGGGUCUUAUAUUCAAGAAGUUCAUAUGCCUCCACCACCGUCACCAAUGGUCGUCGGCGGAGACUUGGGGGAAUUUACAGGUCACCACACAUUACCACAUCGUCUCUCUCACCAAUUAAGCCGUGGCAGCGGUGCCAGUAGUCCUCCCUUGCCUCCACCGCCGCCACCGGAGCACGAGGAGCACCCGCAGUUCGGUCGUCCGCCACAGUCUAGCGCCAUUAUGCCAAUCGUACCCGACGAGGAUGAUCUUCCUGGCUGGGUUCCCAAAAAUUACAUCGAGAAAGUGGUUGCAAUUUAUGACUACUACGCCGACAAAGAAGAUGAAUUAAGCUUCCAGGAGAGCUGCGUUAUCUACGUACUGAAGAAGAAUGACGACGGAUGGUGGGAGGGUGUUAUGGACGGAAUAACUGGACUCUUUCCAGGCAAUUACGUCGAACCUUGUGUCUAG